GUGCAGUGCGCGUGGGUCCCGAUCGGCCCCCCGAUGAGUCCUGCAGGUUGUUUACCUGUUGGCUAGGCCGGCGUCGCGACGCUGCUACUUGUUGCGCUAUACCUAUCCUCCGCCAUCACUCAACCACCUGCCGGUGCACAAGAGAUCGAUAACGAUGCCGCGCUGCUACAUGGUGAAGAAGCAGAGCAACAAGUACAAGGACUGGGCGCCGGAGGGACCGCAAGGGCCGCCCGACAGCCCCACGGAAGGGUGCGUGGCGCCUCCGUACUACACGCCGCUGACGAACAGCACGGGCUACUAUCAAGAGUUCAUCCCCAACGGUGCAGUGGGCACCCCGCCGCCUACGAGCAAAAAAACCACAAGCACUAGUACCGACCGGGACUCCCCCGCAGUCCGCCCCCGCAGCGUCGAAGAGACCGAAGCUGCCCAUGACCUCCUCUCCCUCUCCCAAAGCCUGCCGCCGCUGCCCGCCCCUUCGGUGGUCACCAUCCACUCCACCGUUCCGCACGAAGAUGCUCCCCCGUCGCCCAGCACCUGCCACCUCCGGCCGCUGUCCCCCGAGCCGCCUCAGCCCGUCGCCGUGCCCUGCUACACACCCCCCAUCGUGUACGUGGUGCAGGUGCCCGCCGCCCCCACGCCGCCCACGUCGGAGUGCUCGUCCGACGCCGAGAACCUGCAUCAGGCGUCCGAAAGAAGCAGGUUUCACACGGUGCAGUCGCUGGCGGUGGACCAACAGGAUAUCCUGAUCCUGCCGCUGUCGCCCGAUCCCGACAGUCGCCUCCAGGAGCGGCCGCCGCCGCCGCCGUCGGAUGUGGCCAGGCCGUUCCCCGUCAGGCAGGAGACCGUGAUAGCAUCUUCCCAUCUCAACAUUCCGGACAGGCGGAAGCGGAAACAUAAAAGGACCAAUAAAAAUAACAAGACUUCCAGAAACAACAAUGAUCGUUCCGCGCUCGAUAAUAACGUCGAGGCGAGGAGCGAGGCGAAGAGUAAGGAUCACAAAUCGAAGGAUCACAGGGAUCAUAAAGAACAUAGGGAGCAUAAAGAUCACAAGCAUCACAAAGAUCACAAGGAACACAAAGAACAUAAGGAUCACAAGGAGCAUAAGGAUCACAAAGAGCAUCACGAACACAAAUCCAAGGAUGACAAAAACAAGGAUCCCAAAACCAAGACGAAGUUCUACAAAGUCGUCGAAGACGACCCCGACGACGUCGCCGAGCAAGAGCUCUCCGACUCCGCGGACUCGUCGAAGUCCGGCCGCUACGCGUGCGGCGAGUGCGGGCGGCAGUACGCCACCUCCAGCAACCUGUCGCGCCACAAGCAGACCCACCGCAGCCUGGACUCCCAAUCGGCGAAGAAGUGCAUGACGUGCGGCAAGGCCUACGUCAGCAUGCCGGCCUUGGCCAUGCACCUGCUCACGCACAAGCUGGCGCACAGUUGCGGCAUCUGCGGUAAGCAGUUCUCGCGGCCGUGGCUGCUGCAGGGCCACCUGAGGUCGCACACCGGCGAGAAGCCCUACGGCUGCGCCCACUGCGGCAAGGCUUUCGCGGACCGGUCGAACCUGCGGGCGCACAUGCAGACGCACUCGGGCGACAAAAACUUCAGCUGUCCGCAGUGCCACAAGACGUUCGCGCUCAAGUCGUACUUGAACAAGCACACGGAGACGGCGUGCAUGGUGUGGGACGCCAAGAAGCAGAAGGCGGUGAUGGCGCACCACCCGCACGCGCCCUUCACGGUGCACACGGCGACGCAGACUUAAAUUGACGCUAUGACUACACGGUUGCUGACGAUGUUGGCUUUUGUUUUGUUCACGAGGAGAAAUUCGAAGGGGCGCAGGCAGGAGAUGGUUCGGUUUGGUAAAAGUGAUGCUGGAAGUGUAGAGGGGAUGGUUUUUGUAAAUACGAGUGCAAAUUUUGGAAAGGUUUGUUACUUCAAAAUUAAUCGAGAGGUUUUGGUUAGUGUUCAAAAAUGAUAGUAGAUAUUUAUUUCGUGCAUAUAGUAAGGGGUGUUUCAUUUAAGAUGAUCAAUAAAAUUACUUACAUGCUUUACGGAAUCAUAAGAAAUUAAACUUAAUCCUUCUAGAUUUUUCGGUUUUUUCGGAAAAUAAGUUCUACAAUAUAUGCUAAUUUUUGAAAGGGUUUUUCAACAUUAUAUCGGGUUAUUUCACAUUUUUUUUUAAUAAAUGCAGACCGUUUUUUGUCAUAAGGGAAUGAGAGAGUUACAAAAUCCUAUAAAACAAACACUGUCCUAAAUGCGUCUACAGGGUGAUUCAGAGUAAUAGUGAGGCUGACAAAAUUGAAAAUAUAACCCAGGCUAUAUUUCUAAAGAAUUAGUAGAUGUGUUUAUUUUUUAUCAAAAACAUUAUUAUACAUAGUAAUUUCAGAAAUUUUAAUCCGGCAACCAUCUUCUGUUGAAACCAUAAAUUUCGUCGAUUUUCAAAUUUUGUCGAUUUUCAAAUUUUAUUUUCAACGAUCCUACACCAAACAUUUGUGAAGUAGACUCUUUGAAAAUGACCUUCCCUAAUUUGGCUGAAUUAUGACAACUAUGUUAAUUAAUUGCAUUAUUUCAAUAUUUUGCUUCAUCCGAUAAAAGAUUCAAAUCGUAAAAGUGCUAAUUAAAAUUUGGAUGUUUUCGGAAAAAGUUUAAGGGUGUUUAAAAAAUGACGGACAAGCUCGAUGGAUUGUUGUUACGAGGGCCAUGAAGAAGUUAAAAAAAUGUUAAAAAAAUCCCUAAACCAAAUUUUUGAAAAUGUUAAAUUUCAAAAAUGAAGAAUUAACUUCAUAAUUCUGUCAAUUUAAUUGACAGUCUAAAAUUCUGGCAAAAAUUGUAAAAAAUGACGUCCAUCAACAGUAAAAAAUGACGUUCUGGAUCGUAUUCUAGCAAAUUCUUAUUAAAUUAUAAUUAAUAAGUAAUUAUUUAAGUGUCUGCUAGACAUGCUGUUCAUUAAAACAAAUCCUAAUUAAUAAAAAUUUGGUUCAGGAAUUGUUUUAACCACUUUUUUUCGAGUUCUUUAAGGCCUUCUUACCAUCGAGCUUAUCGGACAUAACCAAUUACACGAGUACAACUGAAUAUUUUUUUUAAUUUCAAAGCCGUCCUUGAUGCCGGAAUCGUUUAUUGCGAAGUUGUAGAAAAAAAUACCAUGCCUUUGGGUUUCAUGUGACUUCUCUCACCUAGUGAUUAAAAAAGAUUCCUGAUUGACAGAUUUAAAAAUUGGUUUGGAGUUUAAUAUUUAAUUUAUUAUUUAUACAUAAUGAAUUGUAAAUGAGCACGAAUUUUUACCAAUUUUCGAUGACGUAAUUGUUUGGUAUAUCGGGUGUUGAAAAAGUCAUCAAGUUGACCUUUAAUUUUUCGGAAAUAUGUCUACAAUAACCUCACUUUUCCGUAUAAUAAAAUUAACGCUUUUCAACAACUCUGUCAAAAUGUCAAUUACACAGCAGUAUGGGUUAAUAAAACACAUACGUUCUUCACAAUGUUUUCUUCUAUCAAAAAUACAACACCAACUUGAUGACCUUUUCAACACAAUUCACACUCGUUAUGUCCUAAAAUGGGUUUAUUCUAUGUGUUUUUUACUACUAAAUAUUUACGUGAGUCGAAAGUAGUUACUUCUGCGUCGCAUGGGACUGAAUUGUCAAAUUUAAUAAGUCAACUGUCACAGUGGUGUUACAUGUUAAAUCAGCAACAAAAUUUUUUGUGGAACCUAUAUUUAAAAACAUUAUUUAAACAAAACUUUUCUUGUUUUUGAAACAUAAUAUAAUAAAUCUAGUUGCUUAA